GUGAAAUUCACACUGUGACUGGGCGGGGUCUCAUCUUUGAUUGGCAUUUGUCAUCAGCCGUUCAUCGGCUCAGGGUUCUCACCGUGGCCCCGCCCUGGUGCGCGUUCCUCGCGUUAUGAUUGGCUGCAAGUGAUUCCUUCUUUCUUUCCGUCGUCCCUUAGAGAGACAGCAGCCAAGAUGGUGAGUGUCGCUGCCCGGCUGAUUUAUAAAAUCCGUUUAAUAUCUCCGCCAUCCUGCCUCGGAAGACGCUCUGUGCCAUAGAUUAUAUUUUCUGCGAGUCUCUGAGGCGGAUGGCCGAGGUAUUUGUGGACGGGCAUUCAUGGAAAUGGUUUGAGAGCAGUGAGUGUUGGAGCCGGAGUCUGGUGCGGCCUUGCUCGGGUUAAAGCCUGCUGACCCAGUGGCUCUCCCUGGACGUUCCCCACACGUCAUGCAUACAUAAAGUCAAUAAAAUGUGCUAUUUUAUCACCUGGACUGUGGACACCUGCCAUCUAAGUGAGGGCCCCUGUUUAGCCAUUGACCUGCGGAUAGAUUCCUGUGUGGCUACAAGGGAAUGGAGGGAGGGGAAGAGAUAGUUGGGGCUGUUACAGUGUAUAAGCGUGUGUUUUUCAAAGCAUGGGAUAUGGCUAUGUAUAGUUGUACAAAAUUACAUCUGCUAUCUUUGCUGUAAUAGGCAUGCAACUUAUCCUAAGCCUGAAUGUUUACCCCCAAUAGAAACUCUGCCAUAAGGGUUUUAACGAUUAGUUGACUUGUGCCUGAGUAAGAUAGUUUUUAUAAACAUUUCUUUCAAGGGACCCAGUGUCAGAGAAUCCAGUGACUGUGUAGUUUGUAGCUGAGAUUCAGAUAAGUGUCUAGUUAGGGACCCCAUAAUCGGUGGUGUGUGUAUAUGAACAAGCAAGGAGCCACUAUUUAGUAACUUUGUAGUGGGUUCUGGGAGCUUUUCAUUUUUUUUGUGUGUUUUUAGAGGGGAAUCCCAUGCAAAACACUAAUCCACUGGGUCAGCACCCAAAAUAUUUAGUGUUUGUGCUAUUUUACUGGUUUUACAGUGGUUGAUACAGAUCCACAUUCAUCAUCCUGAAAAUCAAUUGAAUAUAUUUAGUAUAGCAGCAGUCCCUAGAAACCUGUGUAAUAUUGGGAGGAGUAUAUUGGUGGUCUACAUAAUUAAUAAAUGUAGCAUAAAUUCGCUUAGGCUUUGGUGCAUAUUUUGUCCCUUUAAGUUUACUUAUAUUAUGAGUUAUGCAGAAGUUUGUACAGCUGUACACAGUACCUAUUAGAAAUACAGUAGGUAUGAAUUAAAAAUAUUUGCCCGGUGUACUUACACAAGUAUUUUGGUGUUUGGAUAUGAUUAUACGUGAUAAUCUGUUCAAUCUUUAGAGUGAAAGUUGAGUUUAUCACUUUCCUUUACUCCUGAUCUAUUUUAUUUUAUAGAAAACUACUUUUUAAAAAAAAAAAAAAAAUUUCACUAGCACUUUAAUAUGUGUUCACUACCCCUGAAGGUCUUUAUAUCCAGUGUAUUUUAAUAUCCAAAUAUUAAAAUUGAUCUGAAGGAAUAUUAUCAAAAUGUAAUUGUACUUAUUGGUAUUUUGCUAAAAAUAUCUAAAUUAUUCUGUUAAAGGAGCAUUCAAAGCCUUAUAACCAGUACAGCAUAUUGUAGUAGUCAUGGUGCUCCUCUCUUAUCUGAUUUGCCAAGUGCUGCUUAUUUAAAUUUUUGGUGUGCUAAUUUUUUCCCAAUAUAACUUGUUUCUGCAGAACGACACAGUGACCAUUAGAACUAGGAAGUUCAUGACAAACAGACUUCUGCAGCGGAAGCAGAUGGUAAGAUCAAUUAAUUGCCAGAUUUAAUGUUUUGUGGCUAUAUAAGUACAGUUUGCAUUCAGUUCUAAAAUAUGUAAGCUGAACUUUAGAAUAGCUAUAUGUAUGUCAAAGAGGCGCAGUGACUCUACAGAAUAUUAAGUGAAAAUUAACCACUUUAUUUUGAAUAGUAGAACUUCAAUGAAUACCAAACUGUGCCUCCAGCUACCCUUUGAUUACAGCUCCACUAAUUAACUGCCAGUCUAUUGUAGUUGAAAUUAUGGUUGUCUUAAAAUAAAAAUGUUAAAUACAAUCUGUUUAUAUUUAGGCUUGUGCUUUGCUUUUUGCAGGUCAUUGAUGUCCUUCACCCUGGGAAGGCCACUGUCCCUAAAACAGAAAUUAGGGAGAAGUUGGCAAAGAUGUACAAGACUACUCCAGAUGUCAUCUUUGUCUUCGGGUUUAGGACUCACUUUGGUGGUGGCAAAACCACAGGUUUUGGCAUGAUCUAUGACUCGUUAGACUAUGCAAAGAAGAACGAGCCAAAACACAGACUUGCAAGGGUAAGUAUAAAUACAGAAAAUUCUCAGUUCACUUAUUUCACUAGUAAGGUUUUUGUUAUAUUAUGGGAGUGUGUAAGCUUUGGGGAAACAUGUUUUUCAUGGAGAUAGGUGAUGCAUCUGUGAGUGAGACUGAUCUUGCUCUUCACCCAAAAAGGGAAUAAAAUAUUAUGUGGAUACAAUGCGCCCCCCCCAUAAAAUGUUCUGGUUAGUGUAGUGGUUUCACUGCCAUAAUUGUUUGGGUCCAGUGCACCCACCCCACUGCGUUUUUAAUCUAUUUUGUCCAUACUUAACAGCAGUGAUGGGCUGAGGGCACUGGGCCAAACCUGAAAUAGUAGAGACACAGUUUCUUCUCAAACCUUUCAUUUAGGGGCAAUUUAAUGCUCUGUCUAGUUGUUUAAGUUUAGUGGUUCGUAAAGGGACAGUCUGUCCCAAAACUACAACAUCUUUAAGGGACAUAUAGGCACUGUAACAGCUACAUCUUCUUAAAGUGGUUAUAGUGUUUGGAGUCCCCUGGUGCCGUGUUGUGUUUAAAUCCUUUUAAUAUCGUUUAUCGCUAAACAAGAGUUCCCAGACGCCUAUUGCAGUGUAAUCUCUGACUUAGUCAUAGCUCAAGUGGGGGCUGACAAGUGGAUUACUAGUGACAGUCAUUUAUGGUUAAAGGAACACGCCAAAUACCAAAAGCAUUUUAACUUGCCAAAGCGCUUUGUGUUGUGUCUCCUCUUUGCCUGCUGACAUCUUUCGUGAUCUACUCCAAUCCAAUGAAUUGGAGAUACACUGGUGAGGCAAACUGCCACGCUCCUCCAAUCAAAUGCUGGUAUCACUUACUUGUUUUUGGAGGACGACGUCCACUAAAGGUGCAUUUAAUCCUGCAAUGUAAACAUUGCAGUUUUGUAGAAACUGCAAUGUCUUUCAUUUCUGGGUACAAGUAACAAGACUACUGUACCGCGACCACUACAUUGAGAUGAAGUGAUCUUGGUGACUUUAGUAAUCUUUUAGCCUGCUUCACCCCCUUGAUUGUCAGACAACCAGUCCUGUUACUUCCUGGUUUGGUUAGCUAAGUAGAACUAAUCUCAAGAGGCAGCAAUUGCCCAGAGCACCUGCAUUGAAAAGUAGGGAUCGACCGAUUAUCGGUUUUACCGAUAUAAUCGGCCGAUAUUCGGUAUUUUCGGCAAUAUCGGUAUCGGCCAAUUCAGAUACCGAUAUUGCCGAUAAUACCUCCUGGGACCGCCAGGCUCAUUACAAGCCCGGCGGUCCUGGGGGGGCGGAGACCAAGCGCUUACUCACCUCCCAGCAGCUCCUCCAGCUCCCCAGUGCAACUCUCGCGAGACCCGCGGCCGUCAGAGCGUUGCCAUGGAUCACCAUGGCAACGCUCCGCGCGACACGCUGGCCGCGAGAGUUGCACUGGGGAGCUGGAGGAGCUGCUGGGAGGUGAGUAAUCGCUUGCUCUCUGCCCCCCCCAGCUCAGCCAAUACCACUGGACCACCAGGGACUGUCAUAUCCCCCUCCCUGGCCAGGCAACAAGCAGGGAGGGGGGACAACAACAAAAAAAAAAUAAUUAAUUAAAUAUAAAAAUAAUAAUUUAAUAAAAAAUGCCCCCUCACACACUCCAUUAUAUACACAUACACUACUAUACAAACACACAGUGUAUAUAAUGCAGUGUGUGUGUUUGUAUAGUGUGUGUGUGUGUUUGUAUACAAUGCACACAAAUACACUGCAUUAUAUACACACACUAUACAAACACACACAAACUGCAUUAUAUACACACACACAAACUGCAUUAUAUACACACACUAUACAAACACACUGUGUAUAUAAUGCAGUGUAUUUGUGUAGUGUGUGUAUAUAAUGCAGUGUGUUUAUAUAAUUCAGUGUGUUUGUGCAGUGUGUUUGUGUAGUGUUUAUAUAAUGCAGUGUUUGUGUGUAGUGUGUGUAUAUAAUGCAGUGUUUGCAUAGUGUGUGUAUAUAAUGCAGUGUAUUUGCGUAGUGUGUUUAUAUAAUGCACACUACACAAACACACUGCAUUAUAUACACACACUACAUUCACUAUACACACACUCUGCAUUCAUUAUAUACACACACUUUGCAUUUAGUAUAUACAGCAUUCACUUUACGCACACUACCCACACACUACACAAACACUCUGCUUUCAUUAUAUACACACUACACUAAUACACACUGCAUCCACUACACACACUAAACAAAUACAAACUGCAUCCACUACACACACUAAACAAAUACACACUGCAUCCACUACACACACACAUUGCAUCCUCCACACACACAUUGCAUCCUCCACACACACUACACAAACACACACUGCAUCCACAACCCACACACUACACAAACACACACUGCAUCCACUACACACACACUACACAAAGACACAACAAAGAGGAGUUAGGCGCUCACUAAAUAAACUAAAGGUGGGCAGCAGUGAACCAAGCAGGAAUUAACACACUGCAUCCACUACACACACACUACACAAAGACACACACUGCAUCCACUACACACACACACACACACAGCUCCCCUGUCACACUGCAUCCACUACACGUGGCAUGCAUAUUUUGUGCAUUUACCUUUAGAAAUAGUUUUUAUUUUCCAAAAUGGUAAAUGUACAGAAUAUCGGCAAAUUAUAUCGGCUAUCGGCCUGAAAGUUCACAGAAUAUCGGUAUCGGCUCUAAAAAAUCAUUAUCGGUCGAUCCCUAUUGAAAAGACUACAUUGGGAAGUCUGUGAUUAAACUUUUACAGGAUGUUGGGGCUGGGGAAGAGGAGAGAGGGCUUGCGUGUCCUCUGCGUCUCAUUGCGGAGAGAAAUACUCUAUCAGAAGCAUUGGAUUGGACUGAGAUUAUUGUGCUUGAUGAUCUUACUUUUGGUUGAUCGGGCUGCUGUAAGGAGUUUGUCUUGUUUAAAUAUAGGUAAACUUGCGUUAUUUCAAAAUUACUUUUAAGUCACAAAUUUUACUACUUUGUGUGUUUUUGGUUUUUUUUUUGUUUUUUUAAUUAUUAUUAUUAUUAUUAUUAUUAUUAUUAUUCUGACCUAUACAUAUUUUAUGUUCAGCAUGGCCUAUAUGAAAAGAAAAAGACUUCCAGAAAACAACGUAAAGAACGCAAGAACAGAAUGAAGAAAGUCCGGGGUACAGCCAAAGCAGCUGUGGGAGCUGGCAAAAAGGUAAGAGUAUUGCUCUAAUAAGGAGAUACAGUUUACUACUAUGUUAGAUUGCAUUUAUUGAAAAUAUUGAUAUCUUAACCUUUCUCGUUCAUGUUCACACAAUACAUUUUGGAUUGCAGAAGGUAACAGUGUGUAUGGGUAAUGUUGUUGUAGUGGUAGCAGGGGAUUGAUUUUCCUUAUUUUAAUAAUUGCAUAUUUUAGUAAAAAAUUAGCUUGGUGUAUUAAACUAGCAUUGCAAAAAUUUUCAGAUCUAAAUCUUCAGAUUUCUUGAGCGUUGUUAGUCUGUUCUUAUCUUUCUGGCUUUUCUUUUUUCUUUGUGUGUGUGUGUAUAUCUCAACAAAAUAGAUGCUUGGCACUCUCCUUUUAGCGAUAAAUAGGGACUUCUUGCCUGGGUGCUAUAUCCUGUACGCCAAAAAUAUACAAUAAUCCAAAAUCAGGAUGCACUCACAGGUCUUAGUUAAAGUGAAAAAGUAAGUUUUAAUCCAUGUGAAAUGUACAAAAAAAUCAAUCGACGUUUCGAUUGAUCAAUCGUCUUUUUUUGGAUCUUGAAAAAGACCCGUCAGGGUCGAAAUGUCGAUUGAUUUAAAAAAAAUUUUUUUUUGACAUUUCACAUGGAAUAAUUAAAACUUACUUUCUCCUCUCUCUCCCCUUAGUUUUGUAUUCCACGUCUUCAACCAGUCAAAUCUCAAUUGUGCAUGCAUCUAUUAAAAAAAAAUAUAUAUUUAUUUUAUUGUAUAGUGUUGCUUUAUUCAAUUAAUUACUGUAAAAUUGACAUCUUUCUACGGGGAAAAAAGAGACAAAAUUGUCUCUGUCCAACUUUGCAGCAUACUAAGCUUUUGUGUUGCGGAUUAAGUCAAAGCAAUGCAUAAGCUGUAUUUUAUUAUUGGUUUGCUGUUAUAUUAUUUGUUCAUUGUCUCUGCUUUUCUAUUUCACACUUUCCUGGAUUCUUUCAUCAGAAAUGAAGUGUCGUGCAGGUACUCCAACAUGGCAUGAAUGUGAUACUAUGCAAAACUAGCACCAGACUAUGCUUCCCUGGUUACCGAAAUACAUUACUUUCUGGCUUUUAAACUCUACAAUAGAAACAGUGUAAUAUUUUAGAAUGUAGUGGUUAUGGUUUGGAUUAUUCAUGGCUUAGUUUUGUUUUUGAUUUUUGUAAUCACUUCAUAUUCUGAGUAGUCUUUUUAAUAGGUGAAAACAGUCUUUAACACUUGACAGUAACACAUUUUGCAAAGUUUGGAGUCUUGUCAAAUCUCUCAUAUUCCAACUAUUGUGUGUAUGCACAAGGCUUUCUGAUAUCUUCUUGUGACCUGCUGAACUGGUAUCUUUAUCGAAUACUACCAUUGUGGGUCCAGACCAGUAAAAUAUUCAAGACCUGAUAAACCUAUGUUAAAUCUUCACACUGAAUCAUCGUAACUGCUACAACUUGCAGUGGUGCAAACCAUUUUUGCUACAGUUCGUUUUGUUUGUGUAGUUUGAUUACAAGUGUGCUUCUGGCAUCUAAACUUACCUCUCAGCUACAAUAUAAACCACUUUUAAGUCUCCUGUAUACAGCUGUUAAGUGGCAGGCUUCUGGUAGUGGACUUAGGCACCACUGUCUCUCACGCCUAUGUAUGUCCAAUGUGGAAGUAACAUUUUCACAUUUUUCUUAAAGGACCACUAUAGGCACCCUGACCACUUCAGCUUAAUGAAGUGGUCUGGGUGCCUGGUCCAGCUAGGGUUAACCCUUUUUUUUUUUUUUUUUUCUAUAAACAUAGCGGUUUCAGAGAAACUGCUAUGUUUACUUUAGGGUUAAUCCAGCCUCUAGUGGCUUUCUCAUUGACAGCCGCUAGAGGUUCUUCCACACUUCCCACUGUGAAAAUCAGUGAGAAGACGCCAGCAUCCAUAGGAAAGCAUUGUGAAUGCUUUCCUAUGAGACUGGCUGAAUGCGCUUGCCGCGCAUGCGCAUUCAGCCGAGGAGGAGGAGAGUCCCCCGCCCGGAGCUGGAGAAAGAGGCAAGUUUAACCCCUUCCUCUCCAUAGAGCCUGAGGGUGGGGGCACCCUCAGGGCACUAUAGUGGUCCUUUAAUUUGUACUGCUGCAAAGAGAUGGACUUCAAACCGGAGUUGUUAAAACAUUCAAAUGGUUUGAGGAAAACUGAAGACGCUACACCCAAAGACUCCUUGUACUAUAAUAACUGCAAUAUGUGUUAGUGGUUAUGGUGUUUAGUGUUCCUUUAGUCUUUUCUUCAUUGUACAGAUUUUUCUGUUUUUGUGUAUGAGUCUGCUUAACUUGACCUGAUGUCAUAGCCAAAGGGGAUUUUAAAGCCAUGGUGUUUAUGCAAAUGAUGGCAUGUACUCACCUGUUGCAGCUCUGAGUUUGGUCUAUGCACUUAGUUAUUAUUAUUUUUUAAUUUUUUUUCGCUUGAUACCUUCUUUGCUGCUCCAGGGUAGUCCAGAAUGCCCCAAAGUAAAUCCUGAGUCUAUCUUUAUUGAACUCAGGCCAUAAUAGUCAACUCUGGUCUACUAAUUCUUGAAGUUCACUAAAAUUGCAAUUAUUUAUCCCUUAUCCACAAGAUUAAAGGCCCUCAUUCAGUCUUUCUGGCAGUUCAUUAUAUUGGCUGCCAGUCUUGGCAGCUCUGCAUUUCGGAAACUACCUGUAAACUGAGUGCCAUAUGCUUUUCCACUGGUUGUAGUGUCUUCUCUGUUCCUUAUUUAUAUAUAUAUUAUAUUUAUAUAAUAUAUAUUUGCCAUAAAAAGGUUGAAACACACGUUUUAUGGAUCUUUAACAAUUGCAUAAAGAAAGUGUCUGGUUUUAACAGUCUUUAUUUUUCUUCCUUUUCAUUUACCUGCCACAUUCUCAGUGAGCUGAGCAAUAGAUUUUACAGGUAUAUAUGUCGGUUAAAUUAGUGUUGCAUGACUGCAUGGAAAUCACAUUGCAGUUUAAGAAAAUGAAUGCAGCCAAAUUCAUUCUGCCAAAUGAAUGCUUCUUGACAGCACUGCAAUGGCAUCCGGCAGGUUGUCAACAAAUGAAGGUUUUGAAGACCAUUUUUGAACAUAUUAAAUACAUUAUUUGUGUGAUUGUGCAUGGCCAAUUAGUAUGCACUGUAAUAGCUGUUUAAACUAUAAAUUGAGCUUCACAUGACCUGCUUCUGCCUGCUUUAAAUGUUAAGCCUUGUUAAUUAUGAAUGCUCAAAAUAGCGGAUUAAGUAAUAACUGAUUCAGUACCAGAUAAUUGCAGAUAUUAAUCCAUCACGAUUGGCUAAUAGUAUUUAUGAUCACUUCAGGUAAUCCUAAACUUGUAUAUGUUUUUUUUUUCUCCCCUCUUGCAGAAAGAAUAAAGGAUACCAGGAUGACGAAACUGAAGAUUGUACAUUGAUCUUGGGGCUUGUAAUAAAAACUUAUAAAAACCGAUGGUUGGUCUUGUUGUAUGGUUUUUAUUUAAUUUAUUCACUAAAUUAGUCUGGCUUCAAUGUCCCAGAAUAGCUG